UCAGCUGUUCUCUCCUGCAGGGCCUUACCUGUUCCUCGCUCCAGCGCUGCACAGUCUUCCCGCGCUGGCUUCUGUGACAGCCGGGUGCCCACUGCGCAUGUGCUGCGCUUUGUGAAUGAUCCGGUCAGCAGUCUCUGGUCAUCCCCUGCACUGUCUGCAGUCUCUGGUCAUCCCCUGCACUGCACUGUCUACUGUCUGCAGUCUCUGGUCAUUCCCUGCACUGUCUGCAGUCUCUGGUCAUUCCCUGCACUGUCUGCAGUCUCUGGUCAUUCCCUGCACUGUCUGCAGUCUCUGGUCAUUCCCUGCACUGUCUGCAGUCUCUGGUCAUUCCCUGCACUGUCUGCAGUCUCUGGUCAUUCCCUGCACUGUCUGCAGUCUCUGGUCAUUCCCUGCACUGUCUGCAGUCUCUGGUCAUUCCCUGCACUGUCUGCAGUCUCUGGUCAUUCCCUGCACUGUCUGCAGUCUCUGGUCAUUCCCUGCACUGUCUGCAGUCUCUGGUCAUUCCCUGCACUGUCUGCAGUCUCUGGUCAUUCCCUGCACUGUCUGCAGUCUCUGGUCAUUCCC